AAUAUGGAUGAAUUUAUCAAAAACUGGUUAAAUUAUAUUGGGUUUCAACAUUUAGUGAAUAAAUUUGAAGAGGAAGAAAUUAAUAAAACAGUUUUGAUGAUAUUAACUGAUAUAAUGUUGAAAAAUUUAAUUCCCAAAAUUGGUCAAACAGCCAAGUUUAUUAAUGAGUUGGAAAAAACUAAAAAUAAUACUAAGUUCAAUGUAUCAUAUUACAAUGUAAUCGCAGAGCCAUUUCAAAAUAAUGCAAUUGAUACUUUAAAUACUAUUCAACAAGAUACUAAUCAGUCAGAUAAGCCGCAACCUAAGAAGUUUAUUUCAGACAUUUUUGAAAAUUUAUCAACGACUAGAGCAGAGUCUGAAGUUUCUAAUGUUGAUAAUCCACCAACCAUCGAUGAUCAUUUUAUUAAAAAAAAAACAUUGGAGCAAUACCAAGAUGGCCUCCUUAUACUACAACACUUCAAUUCAUAUGGGUCAUUAAAUUCAAAAAUGAGAAACCGACUUUGUGGAGUAUUAAUAAAAGAUGAACUUUUUAAAACUAAAGGUGCAAAUAAAAUUGAGAAGACACAAUUUUCGAAAAUUGCAAAUGGUAUAGAAGAAUUCUUUCCUUCAGAAAACAAAUACAUCUAUUUCAUACCUUAUUAUAAAGAAGGUAAUAAAGUGAGUCCUAAUCGAAGAAAAUUGUAUGACAAAUAUUGCAAUUUAAAAAAAAAACCAGAAAUAAUUUUACACCAGUUAUGGGCUGAAACUGCUCAUUACAGAAAUACUAAGCUAAUCAACGAAAAUGCUAUUCAAAAAUAUCCAGCAUUAAAAAAGGCAACAGGUCACAUACUUGUAAGUUUAGUCACACAAACUACAAAAGGUGUCCUUAUGCCAUAA